AUGCGGACGGUCACUCUAUAUUGAAUUAAUGUGUUUACUUUGUAAUUUGUUUUGAAAAAAAUGCAAUUCCAUCAAGUUUAAACUACACCUUGAAAUGGGAACCCCGCGCAAGAACUUCAACAACUUUCCGCCCUUCAACCCGCGGGCGGGCCAGUAUCCGUCCCAAUCCGCAGACUACAGAUCGCAACAGUUUGGGGGACAACAGACGCAGCAGGGGAAUUUUGGUUUCUACGAGGACAAGCAAGGCUCCCAGAAGUCAGUGCAGAACACGCCGCACUUUUACCAGAACAAAUCCCCUCAGGAGCCACAGAGGCACCGGCCCUACGGGCAGGGUCGAGGAUUUGGACGCGGAGGAGGAGGCUUCAAUCGCAGGGGCCAACAGAACCGAGAGCAGGGUCAGAGAGGACAAUACCAGAACAGCAGAGAGAAUAACCAGAGCGGGAAUGCCUUCGGACAGUACUUUCACCCCUCCAUGCUGGAGGAUCCCUGGCGGGAUCUAAUGGAACGCCAUGAGGCCAUUCACGGACCCAGCACAAGCCAAACGCCAGCCAAGAAGGUGGAAGUUAACUAGAGCUGGCACCAACUCCGACUUGGUAGUUUUAAGGCGCUUACACAUCUUGUUAAGUGUACAAAACUCUAGUUAUUAAGACUUGAAUAAAUAACAGAUAAAAACGA